UUUUUCAGAUAAAAGAUGUUUUGAAGAAUAAUGAGUUGUUGUUGUAACAACAAAGUGGAGGAUGAGGAGGAGGAGGAGCUGGAGGGACCGAUGGAGAAUAGAAGUUGUACAGAUGUUAUUUUCUUGAUUCUCUUCAUAGCGUACAUUAUUGGAAUGAUAAUUCUUUUCGGAUAUGGAGUAGCGACAGGGGAUCCAAACAGAAUCAUCAGCGGAUAUGACGUUGCUGGUGACACAUGUGGCGCAAAGAACCCGGUUUUGGUGGAUGUACCGUACAGUGGGAAAGAUCUGACUGGGAAAGGGUUACUGUUCAUAGAUCUGGUUCGAACAGCACAAAUUCAGGGAGACGCCACCCUAUCUUCAUACCUGAAAAACCUAUCCUUACCCAACACAGAUCUGACCAGCACGCUAGUAGAUAAAAUUCAGUUCUGUAUAGAGGGCAUGAACCUAGGUGGAAGUGUAAACACAACCAGCAGAAGAAAAAGAGAAACCAUUUUGAG